GUUAAACUCUGCAAUAUAUAUCACAAGAUAAACCGUGCCGUGUUUAAAAAUUAAUCUAAAUGAAGCAUGUUGAGACAUGUUGUGGGAUGAAAGACUCAGAGAAGCGAAGCGCUAAAGAGGCGUAUCAAUUCAGCGACUGCACGGUGGCUUUUUUUCGGGAAAGAAGGCGGUUGUUGUCGUCUUAUUUCAUUCUGUUCAUCACACCUUGUGUCGACGAUGUUGACCAUGUUUACAAGGAUGUUGCGACCCGCGUUGAAACAGGCUCAGCUGUCCCCUGGAGUCAGAAACGCACAGCUACCAUGGAGACACAUGACGCACAUCCGCGCGUGUGCUGCGCUUUCAGCAACUUUGCAGCCACUCGAACACUGUCUAGUGGUCAACUACGGAGGGACGGCGAUCCAUUUGAACUACGUGUGGCUGCGCGAUCACUGCCGCUCUGCUGCGUCGUACAACUCCAGCACCAACCAGAGAAACCUGGACACCGGGACUAUAGACCUCAACAUCCGUCCCGACCAUGCAACUCUGCAAAAUGGCCAUCUCGUCCUUACAUGGCCUGGGGGCCAUGUGUCAGAGUACAGCCUUAGCUGGCUAGCUGAGAACAGCUAUGAAGGAAAGAAGCAGGGCACCAUCCAGCCACGCAUCCUUUGGAAUUCAGACAUCUAUAAAAAGGCAAACAUACCCUCUGCCAAAUGGGACACGUUUAUGAGCUGCGACAACGAAGUAAAGAAGUUUCUCCAGAACUAUCUUCUGUACGGGGUCGCUUUCGUAGAUGAUGUCCCCGCUACAGUCGAGGCCACAGAGGCAGUGACCCAGAGAGUCAGCCUCAUCAGGGAGACUACAUAUGGAAGAAUGUGGUGUUUUACUUCCGAUUUUUCCAGAGGAGACUCUGCCUACAGCCAACUGGCCCUGGACCGCCACACCGACACUUCCUACUUUCAGGAACCAUGUGGAAUCCAGGUUUUCCACUGCCUCAAGCAUGAAGGAACUGGGGGAAGGACACUACUUGUGGAUGGGUUCUACGCUGCUGAAAAAGUACGCCAGCGGUCCCCUGAAAACUUUAAACUCCUUUCCCAGGUGCCCAUCAGGCACGAGUACAUUGAAAACUCUGCCAACCACCGGAACCACAUGACAGGCAUCGGCCCCGUGCUCAACGUCUAUCCUUGGAACAAUGAAAUGUACCUGAUACGAUACAACAACUAUGACCGAUCAGUGAUAAACACAAUACCCCAUGACCUUGUUCAGCGAUGGUACGAGGCACAUCGAGAGUUGACAGCAGAACUGAGGCGGCCAGAGAACGAGCUGUGGGUGAAACUGACUCCAGGGAAAGUGAUCUUCAUAGACAACUGGCGUGUCAUGCACGGGAGGGACUCUUUCACCGGCCUGAGGCAGCUCUGUGGAUGCUAUCUGACCAGAGACGACGUCCUCAGCUCUGCACGCUGCUUCGGUCUGCAGGCCUGAUCCCGGACAUGAACCCCCCCUCACCUCUGUGCCUUAUCGCUUAACCUAUAGGUUCAGGGUUCAUGUAUUGUCCUUCUACAACACAGGGUUGCACAACAUAUAAUGCAAGUUGUAGUCCCUUUAUACUACACAAGAAAAAAAAGCAGAACAAAAAGAAC